GACAAUGUUGACUGCAAGAUUUUUUAAGCUCGGAAAACUCCCAGAUGUGAUUUUAACCACAAUACGCCUAUUUAACAACAUUGGUUUACAUACAGAUACAACUGUCAUAAGUGAUUUUAUGUUCGAGUAUCAGCAUGUGUGGAUAAUAACAAUGUGUCUAAUCAACCGUUUGUGGCAGUGCGCAUACGCAGAAAUAUUAGCAUAAUAUUGCGCUACCAUAUUUGGAUAAAUCGCAUGACUUUUAUGCGUAUGCUAUAUUUAGCAAAGUAAGCGUAUGGCUGUAUACGGACUUGUUCUAAAUAACUUGAAUGAACCAAUCAGGUAAUGGAAUGAAUAAGUCGUGACACUUAGUCGAAAUGGCCGGGACAGCUACCAGAUGGUUAUCUCUUGCGAACAAAUACAUGACUGAAAACAUUUAAUUAACGUUUACUCAAAAAAGUGUGCGUUAUUGUUUAAGCCGUAAUGGAAACUUAUGCAGAGAAGGGGAAGACUCAUAAAAAGGAAACAAUUUCUUCGGACGUUUUUCAUGAAUUGAUGAUCGACGACCCAGAAACAAAUAAAUAAAAUAUUCAUAUUCAAUUUCAUGCGAAAGAUAAUAGUAAACCACUUCAAUUAUCUGGGCAGACACAUUUACUACAGCAUCGGAGAUCAGGCACAAAAUCAAGGCGUUUCUAAAUGAGUCUUCAUUAUGCUGUAAACAGUACGCCCUGAAUGCCAAGACCAACGCAGUGGUACAAAUCUAUUGGUUAAAGCAAAAGAAAUGUCAAUCAAUAAUCAGCGAACAACGGUUUUUUUUUGUUGGAUUAAACGAAGAAAAUAGCAGGGAUACCAUGCGCAAUUAAAGCCGCUAAAUGAAAUAUGUGAAUACAUUAAUCAUCGAAAUGCAGAAACUUUGCGAGCCUUGUACAGCAAACAAAAAAUCCAUGCAUGCGAGUUUCUUUUGCCCCGAAUGCGAAAAUGAAUUUCUUUGUGAGACAUGCGGUAAACAUCACACUAGACAAAAAUCAACACGAACGCACUUAUUACAAGAUAUAAGCAAGUACAUGGAGGCUGAAAAAGCAGAAGUAACACAAAACCAAAAUCUCUGCGAGCCUUGCGCAUCAAACAAAAAAGAAAGAGCUGCGUUCUAUUUUUGCCCCGAAUGCGAAAAUGAAUUUCUUUGUGAGACAUGCGGUAAACAUCACACUAGACAAAAAUCAACACGAACGCACUUAUUACAAGAUAUAAGCAAGUACGUGGAGGCUGCAAAAGCAGAAGUAACACAAAACCAAAAACUCUGCGAGCCUUGCGCAUCAAACAAAAAAGAAAGAGCUGCGUUCUAUUUUUGCAACGAAUGCGAAAAUGAAUUUCUUUUUGAGACAUGCGGUAAACAUCACACUAGACAAAAAUCAACACGAACGCACUUAUUACAAGAUAUAGGCAAGUACGUGGAGGCUGCAAAAGCAGAAGUAACACAAAACCAAAAAAAUUGCGAGCCUUGCGCAUCAAACAAAAAAGAAAGAGCUGCGUUCUAUUUUUGCAACGAAUGCGAAAAUGAAUUUCUUUGUGAGACAUGCGGUAAACAUCACACUAGACAAAAAUCAACACGAACGCACUUAUUACAAGACAUAAGCAAGUACGUGGAGGCUGCAAAAGCAGAAGUAACACAAAACCAAAAACUCUGCGAGCCUUGCGCAUCAAACAAAAAAGAAAGAGCUGCGUUCUAUAUUUGCAACGAAUGCGAAAAUGAAUUUCUUUGUGAGACAUGCGGUAAACAUCACAAUGUACAGAAAUCAACUCGAACGCACAAGUUGCAAGAUAUAAAUAUGCACUCAGAAGUUGCGAAUAUUAAAUUCAUCAACAAACAAAAUAUAUGCGAGCCUUGCAAAGCAAACCAGAAAAUAAGUAUUGCAUGCUUCUUUUGCGCCGAAUGCGAACAUGAACUUCUUUGUGAGACAUGCGGUAAACAGCACAAUGUACAGAAAGUGACUCGAACACACAUAUUGCAAGAUAUAAGUCAGUACAUGGAAGCGGAACAUAAAGAAUAUCAGAAAAUUCAGAGACUUUGCGAACCUUGCGCAGCAAACGACAAAUCAAGUGCUGCGUUUUUCUUUUGCGCUGAAUGCGAAAAUGAAUUUCUUUGUGAGCAAUGCGGCAAACAUCACAAUGCACAGAGAUCAACAAGAACACACAAAUUGCAAGAUAUAAGUCAGAACACGGAAACUGCUAAGACUGAUGCCAAAAAUAAAAUCAAACUAUGCGAGUCCUGCAGAGCAAACGAGCAAUCUAUCCCUGCGUGUUUCUUUUGCCCCGAAUGCGAAAAUGAAUUUCUUUGUGAGGCAUGCGGUAUACAUCACACUAGACAGAAAUCAACACGAACGCACAUAUUGCAAAAAAUAAACAAGUACGUUGAGGCUGCAGAUGCAGAAGUAACCAAAAACCAAAAACUGUGCGAGCCUUGCGCACCAAACAAUCAAUCCAUUCCUGCGUGUUUCUUUUGCUCAGAAUGCGAAAAUGAAUUUCUUUGUGAGGCAUGCGGUAAACAUCACACUAGACAAAAAUCGACACGAACGCACUUAUUACAAGAUAUAAGCAAGUACGUGAAGGCUCCGAUUGCUGAAGAAACCCAAAACCAAAAACUGUGCGGCAUUUGCACAGCAAACGAGAAAGUAAGUCCUGCAUGCUUCGUUUGCAACGAAUGCGAAAAUGAAUUCCUCUGUGACGCAUGCGGAAGGCAUCACAACAAACGCAAAUCAACGCACACAUUGCAAAACAUUUGCAAGUACUUGACAGUUGCGAAUGCUGACGUCACCAAAACCCAAAAGCUAUGCGAUUUUAGCACGGUAAACGAGAAGACUGAGAAUACACCUGGAAAGCCGUCGGCUAGCGAAGAAGGUUCCGAUACCAUUACCCUGACGUGGGAUAAACCAUCUGCGUUCAAGAAUGGAGAUCAUUUCCAGAUAGCGUACAGAGAAUGCACGGAAUCUAGGUGGAAGAUUUGCCAAGAUAAUGUUGAAAUAAACAGAUUUGAAUUAACCAACCUAAAAUCCGACUCACAGUUUCUGGUUCGCACUCGGGCUAUAUGUAAUGGCUACGAAAGUAAUUACAGCAAAGAAAGUGAUAUAGUGACUACUAGGAAAUCUCCAGCUUCGCUACUUGUCACCUUCUUAAUUUCUCUUAGCCCUGUCGAUGUAUUACCUGUCCAAUAUGUAUUACCCAUGACAAAAGUCAAGGCCGCAAGAAAUGGAAUCGGAAAAACAAGGAAAUUUGAACUUGGGUCACCAAUAAAAGGAAAACGGCAGGAGAAGACAAUUUUACUAGUUGGUGAGACAGGAACUGGAAAAAGCACACUCGUUGAAGGCAUGGCUAAUUUCAUACUUGGUGUAAAUUGGAAUGAUGAAUUUAGAUUUUCUAUUGCAUACCCACACGAUGAAGAAAGACAUACAUGUGUUUAUCAGGCGGUUGCGCAAACGGAAUGGAUUACGUGUUACACGAUACACCCGCAAGACGGUGGAAAAAUUCCUUACACUAUAAACAUAAUCGAUACGCCAGGAUUUGGAGGUACACGUGGAUAUCAACGGGAUCAAGAAAUUGUUGAACAAAUGCGGGGACUGUUCACCGUGGAUCCACAAAAGGGAGUUUCGAUUAUUGACUCUGUAUGUUCCGUUAUUAAAGCACAGGAUGCUAGGUUGACUCCAACGCAGGGUUAUUUAUUUCAAUCGAUAAUGUCUUUGUUUGGAAAAGACAUGGAACACAAUAUAUGUUCGUUGAUAACAUUUGCAGAUGGUCUUGAUCCGCCGGUUAAAAAUGCUAUGGACAUGUCUAAAUUACCUUUUGGUGAAUGGUUCACCUUCAACAAUUCUGCUCUGUUUGCGAAAAAUACAACAUUAGAUUCAUCCAGCAUGUCGCAAAUUUUCUGGGAGAUGGGUUUACAAAGUUUUCGGAAUUUUUUCCAACAUUUAGGAAAACUACCUCCAACAAGUCUGAAGUUGACCAGCGAGGUUUUAAAAGAACGCCAUGAAUUGGAAGCUAUUGUAAGAAACCUUUCGCCUCUGCUCGAUGCUGGUCUCGUGCAGAUCAAUACACUCAACGCACAGAUCAAAUGUUGUGAAGAGAAUAAAUCAAUCAUUGCUGACAAUAAAGAUUUUACCUUCACUGUUAAUAAAAAUAAGAAGCUAAAGAAAGAUCUUCCAGUCGGCGAGCAUGUCAUAAAAUGCUUAAACUGUCACUUUACAUGUUAUGAAAAAUUUUACAUUUCAAACGAUGAUGAAAAGAGAUACUGUUUGUUGUUUGAUCAAAAAUCGGGUUACUGCAAAAGAUGUCCGAAUAAAUGCUUUCGGAACGAACAUGUCAUUUUUCCUUAUAUAUAUGAAUAUGUUGUUGUCAAAGAGCAGCAAACGUUCUAUGACAUGAAAAAAAUAUAUGAAGAGGCAUCAAGUAAAUUGCUGAAUCAAGAACAAUUGAUAGCCGACAUAAAAGCAGAUUUGAAUAAAGUGGUAGAAAAUGUCUAUGAAAUGAUGGAAACCUUUAAUGAAUCUAAAGCCCGCCUUAACGAAAUAUCUCUGCGCCCUAACCCGUUGACAAUAAAAGAGCACAUUAAUCUGCUUAUUGAAAGUGAGAAGAUGGAAAAGAAGAAUGGUUGGCUUGAUAGACUCAAAUCACUACAAGUGUUUAGAAAGCGGGCUGAUAUUGAUUCCGAGGUCAAUAAUUUCCUCUCACAAGCAACAUUGCACGUGACCGCUGAGAAGAAAACAGAAAGAAAAAAGAAGAAACAGAAAUAAAAAAGAGGAUUCUGAAAGAUCAACCUAAUAUAUUUGUACGUGGUUGGCCGAGAUAAAAGCAGAUUUGAAUAAAGUGGUUGAAACUAUAGAUGAAAUGAUUGAAACAUUUGAUGAAUCUAAAGCCCGCCUUUCCGAAAUAGCACUGCGCCCUUAUCCUUUAACAAAUAAAGAGCGCAUAGAUCUGCUUAUUGAACAUGAAAAGUGGGUUCAGCAGAACGGUUGGCUUGAGAGGAUCAAAAUACUGCACAUGUUUAGAAAGCGUGCUGAUAUAGAGGAACAUGUCAGUCAAUUUCGUAUGCAAGCAAAAUCGUUCGGGACCGUGAGCAAUAGAACAGCGAGAAAGAAGAAAGAUUUACAUACUAUAUUUGUACGUGGUUGGAAUCAGAUCUUAAAAUAUACAGGUGCGAUUUAGUACACACUUGUGCAAGUCAUGUUAAACGAACGUAGGAACCUUCAAUAUUAUUUAAAUAAUUUCGAUACACCAUUAAGAAUAUGUUGAAGCACAGGUUGAGUAUCUUGACGAUCCAUCGCUGAAUGUGAGCUUAUUGGUGGCUUUUAUUUGCAAUGCCAUGAUUUACUGAUUGUGCCAUUUUCAAUAGUACAGUGAAAUGAUGAUAAUCCGCUACUUUUGCAUUUGGUGCUUUUUAAAAUUUAUUUUGUUCCAAACUUAAAUUUUGAUUAGUUUGUCAAUUAUAUCGAUGGUAUUUAAUAUUUGCAACACAGCUGGCAAAAACACCUGCUGUAAAAAAAUAGCUUACAAUUUUCUCCUAGUAUUUUGAAUUAAUCGGUAAUGAAACGCUUGCAGAUGUUUCGCUUGUCUUUUAUGAUAAGAAUAUGCAUAAUUAAAUGCAUAAAAAGCUUUCAGAUACAAACAUCAUAUUAUUUGUUAAUAAAUAGUUUUGUCAUAUUGUAAUAUUAAUGUUUCGUGUAUAGUCAUGAUUUGCAAUAUUUUAUCGUCAUUUUAAGACAUUUGUGCUUGAGCUUCUUGUAUUGCGCUUUUAACCAAAACUGGACUUGUUUCGUGUUAUAAGGUAGAAAAGAGAAAGCCGUUGCUAUAAAUAUUUAAAAAAAAAGGUUUUAAUAUAGCAAACAUCGAUUUAAUGGCGUUUUAUCUGCGCUAAUUUUAUCUUCAAUUAACUGUUUCAAUUAUAUGUUUUUAUAUGUACCUAUGCAAUGUUUCCAGGAAUUACCUCUGAACCAUUUUCAAGUAACAAUUUGUGUGGUUGAGAAAUACCCGUUGGGCUUGUAUGUUUUUCACAGCUGCAUAUAAAUGAUAAGUUUUGAUUUGUAAAUUGUGUGUGUUAGUUGUUGCUUAUCUUGUUGCAUUGCAUUUGACCAAAGAUAAUACAAUCAAACUUACAAUAAACAGUUGGUUUAGUUUUUAUUAACGCAGUUAAUAAUAACUUUCAGAGUGUACUUUUUAAAAUCCAGAUUCGAUUUCAGUUAUCUAUUAAAGCGCACGCAAAAAUCUUAAUAGUUUGUUUUAAUAUUAACUGUUACCUCGUUAAGAUAAACAUCUGCUUACGUGGUUAAUGUUUGAUUUAUUUUUGAUGGCUUUACACACACUGUUAAUUUCAAAAGCCUACCAGUAUUAAUUUAUUGAGCUUACAUUAUUUUGAUUGAGACUUUUAAAAUUGUCAUUUAAAAAAUCAUAAUUGAAAUGAAUGGUCUAAACAACACUUUUAAAUUGUUAAUUUUGUUAAUAUUCUUUAUGCAAAUUUGUUCCGGUUUUCAUUUAACGUUAAGACAAGAUUUUUGCUUUGACAAAACAAUAUUUGCAUAAAUGUUUUCUCAAAUUUCUUUGCCAUGCGUGAUGUUUCAUUGUCACUUUAAUAACACUGGAAUAAAACCGUUUCCGUUGUGGGUCACAGAUUAUUAUACUUUGUGUUUUGAUUUAUGUAGGUGUUUACUUGUCUGACAUGAAUAUCUUUCAUGAAUACUGGUAAUUAAUGGGUUUCUCUGCUCCUAAUACAACUGAUCUUAAACAUUCUAAAGUAUGAAUGUAGUUCUUCUAAGUUCCUGUUUAUAAUGAAAUGGCUUUUAAUGCUCAUAAAUUCUUACAAUCAAAUAUCAACAAUUUUCGCUAUUGGUAAAUAUUAAAAUGAUGUCAGAGAUGUUAAAUAUGAAGUGAUAUAUGUGCGUAUGGAAGUGGCCAGUCAAACACCACACUAGUUAUCUAUAAUACACAUAGCAGUGACUAUAAAUAUGUAUAGGCUUAGAUUGGUUGUAUUCCGAACUUUGAUAGUUAUAUUUUAUAUUGAAGGAAAGUCGAAAGUGUUUAUAUCUUUAUAUUGAAAAAUGAAACUCAUAUAAGGUAUGUUGCUUUUAUUGUUUGUUUUGGUAAAGUGUAAUUUUAUACGCAUCGUUUAACUGUCGGAAAGAGAUAUCGCUAGUUUUCGAUUGUGCAGUGCAUGUUAUAUCAUCAUUGUAUUUUUGCAUAUGUGUUGAUUUUGUGUUGUAUGUGCAUCAUAUGGUGUUGUUGUUUUGUCAUUUAUUCAACGCAUUAAAUAGUUGCAUCCUUCUCUUGAUAUUGCAAUAGAAAAGAUUCCAUAUCUAAUAAAUAUCGAAAUAUAUAAUGAUUACGGUAUUGGAAUAUUUAUACGCGGGUACUGUAUAAGUAUGAUGACAGUCAUCAUGCGUUAAAUAGGCAGUUCUUUUUAACAUUUUUAGUUAGACUUUGUCUUGUAUCUGUUCGUCUGUUUUCAUUCAUUAUAACAACUGUACAGUUUUUUUUUAUUUGCAGUAGUUAAUGAGAAAUACUUUCUUUUAUAAUAAUACUGCAUGCAUGAUGAUAUCAAGUAUCAAUUAUAAUGUAUGAAUUGUAUUGUUACAUACGAAAAUGUUUCAUAUUCCGAACAAAAAGUCUACCGAGCUGUGUUAGUAUGCCCGCUUGUUGAAAAUGGAAACUUACAAUCUAUUCAAGUAGUAAUAUUUUUUUAUGUCUGUACAUUGUGAUAAGGUAUGCGUUUGCAACCUAAUACCUUAAGUUAACUAUACAUUCAGUUAUAUUGAUAUGCUUCAGUUGCGCAAAACAUAAGAUAUGAUCUUAUUUGUAAAUUAUUUUUAUAAUGGCGAAUAUUUCCAUAGAUAUCACCAAUCCCAUUAUACGUCACAAAUUUACAAGUUUCUUAGUGUAAUCAUUAUCUAUUCGUGUAGUUAUAAACUGAUUCCCUUAUAUGCAUUAAUGAGACUAAAUGAAUCAACAUGUUAAUUGCAAUGGACAAUAUGUGUAUCAUAACAGACUAUUCCAAAAUAUAUAUCUUUAGUCAGGUGCGACGCCUAUGCAUAAUAUAUGUAUGUAUACUAUUCUUAGGCGUCGCAAUUUACUCGUACUCGAUUCGAAUGCAUAUGAUUUUGUAUUAACUGAAUUUAGCUUACAUGAUGUAUACGUGUUAAAUAUUUAACUGAUUCCUAAUAUUCAAUAUCGAAAUAGUCAAGCUGCAGGGGCUUAACCACGAGUAAAACACUGAUUAUUUCAAUGGAACAUUAUUUACCGGUGCUUGAAAAGUGGCGUUUCUAACAUUAUCGUUACUGCUUCCUUAGUGUCAUUUCAUCGCGGACAUAUUUUAACCAUAACUAUUUUUCAAAAUACAACCAACCUUUAAAUAAAUGCGUUGUUAAUUAGAUUUUGUUCGUAUGCAAAAUAUGAUUACUACAAUUACACAAAACAUGUUCUUAUUAUAUGUUUAUCUUUUAUUGGACAGUCAGCACUAAAUAAAGAAGUCCUUAAGUCCUUGCUUUAUGGCUGAUCACACAUUGUAAAUUUCAAAAGCUUACCAGUAUUAAUGUAUUUAACUCACAUUAUUUUGAUUAAGAUUUUAAAAUUGUAAUUAAAAAAAAAUCAUUACUGAAAUAAAUUGUCUAAAAUAGCACUUUUAAAACGUUAACUUUGUUGAUAUUCUCUACGUGUAUUUGUUAAGGUUUUUACCUACGUUAAGAAAAGUUGUUCGCUUUGACAAAAUAAUAUUUUCGUAAAUGUUUAUCAAAUUUCUUGACCAUUUUUCAUUUUUUAUUGUCCGUUAAAUUACACUGGAAAAUACUCAUAUAUAUUUAUAUUUAUAUAUUUAUAUAUAAUGUGUAUAGUUCUUUCUUUAUACUAAUGUAUGCAUGCUGUACUUGUAUGUUCCUGUGUAUAAUGCAAUAACGUUUUAUGAUCAUAAAUACUAUAAUCAGAAAUAAACAACUUUUCCUAUU